UUUAUCCAACACUUUUUUAAUAAAAAAACCUCGUCAUUUAUGUCAGACAAUACUUUUGCACGAAUGAUUAUGUAAAAAAAAAACACCAAAAGAGAGGAACAAAAAGUCUUAUUUGGUGUCUCUCAUUCUCAAAUCUCUCAUUGUGUGUCUGUGACUAUCUCUCUAUACAAUUCAAACUCUUCAAGAUUACUUCCUCUUCACUUUGAGAAGAAGAACAAACCAACAAAUCUCCAAAAUACACCGAACAACAUUAAUGGCGUUGGUGAGUUCAAGAGCAACGCAAGACUCAAAACCCUCCAGGGAACGGAUAGUCCCCGUCGUUUAUUAUCUCAGCCGGAAUGGCCGACUCGAUCACCCACACUUCAUUGAAGUACCUCUCUCUUCUCACAACGGUCUCUAUCUCAAAGAUGUAAUCAAUAGAUUAAAUGAUCUACGAGGCAAUGGAAUGGCUUGUCUCUACUCUUGGUCCUCAAAACGAACUUACAAGAACGGUUUCGUCUGGUACGAUUUAUCAGAUGAAGAUUUCAUUUUUCCCGUUCAUGGCCAAGAAUAUGUACUCAAAGGCUCUCAAAUUCUCGACCUUGAUAAUAACUCCGGUAAUUUCUCCGCCGUCACUCACCGGCGUAACCAGUCUUGGAGCUCUGUUGAUCAUUACAAAGUCUACAAAGCGUCUGAGUUAAACGCUGAGGCAACUCGUAAACUCUCGAUGGAUGCUUCGACACAGACUGAUGAUCGUCGCCGGAGGAAAAGUCCGGUGGAUGAAGUGAAUGAGGUCACUGAGCUGAGUAGAGAAGAGAUUACUUCGCCUCCACAGUCAGAUUCUAGCCCAGAAACCUUAGAAUCAUUGAUGAGAGCAGAUGGACGGUUGAUAUUGCUUCAGGAAGAUCAAGAAUUGAAUCGGACGGUUGAGAAGAUGCGACCAUCGGCUGUUCUGAUGCAGCUGAUAUCGUGCGGUGCGAUGUCGUUUAAGAAAUGUGGUCCGACGCUAAUGAAUGGGAACACGAGAUCUACGGCGGUGCGAGGAACAGGGAAUUAUAGGCUCGAGAGGGCAGAGAAGGAAUUAAAGAGUUUUGGAAGGGUAAAAUUGGAAGAGAAAGAGUAUUUUAGUGGUAGCUUGAUUGAUGAGAGUAGUAAGAAGGAACUUGUUCCUGCUUUGAAGAGGUCAUCUUCUUACAAUAUUGAUAGGUAAACAAAAACAUCAACAAUAAUCAUAAUAACAUUAUAAUUUGCUAAGUAAGUCACAUUUAAGAUGAUGAAUUUGGUAUUUACGUAGUUCUAAUGGGCUAAUGGCGAUAUUAAUCAACUAAUGUUGUCUUAGGAGUUCAAGGAUGGGGUUGACGAAAGAGAAAGAAGGGGAAGAGUUGGCUCGGGCUAACUUUAUUCCGAGAAACCCAAAUUCUGUGGUUGGACAACCAUAAAGCCCAUAACAAAGCCGAGGCAGGUGUUUGAUAAGCGUCAGGAGAAUAUUACAUAGAGGUUUCAUGUAAAUAUGUUGUAAUCUGACGUUUGGUGUUUUGGGAAUCUUUCAAUUUUCUAUGCAUUUUUGACUAUUUUCAUUCCUUCAAGAUUUCAAUUUUUUUGGUCAAACACUCAGGAAUCCACAAAUAAACGAUUCAAAAACAAAACAAAAAACAAUUCCAAGC